AUGAAGGUGCUCGAGGACAAAUUUUGGUCACCACUGCUAUGCCAAUAUAAAGUCUUUCUUUUCAUUUUUAGAUCCGGAUCACAUAAACAGGAGUCACUCAUUGAAGAUGAAUCACAGCUGGACAGGGAUCUUCGAAUAAUUGAGAGACACCAUGGUGUAAAACGAAGGUGGCUCCCUUCGGAUGACAUUUUCCAGAGAACACUGAGAGAUGUUGACCAGGAACUUAGAGGUCAGCUGAUACGACGAGCACAAAAUGAAGCAAGGGAGAGGGCCACUCUUCUCAACCUGAAAAGAAGAUAUAAUGAUGGACAGGGAGUUGCUAUAAGGCUGUCCAAGCAAGUGAAUGCCUGUAACAGGAAACUGAAGAAGAUUGUUACAGAGUACAAUAAUCUGCAGUGGCCUCCACAAACUGGCAUCUUUCCAUCACAUUUAGAAUUUCGAGAAUUGUGUGAUGCCUCCUCCCAGCUGUACACAUUGUUUGAUGAACAAAUUGAAGAUCAUGGUGUUGUUCCAAAGAACCUAAAAAGUCGAGCAAUAGAAGCCCUGCAUUUGAAGACUAGGGCAGCUGAAGAAAAGCUUCUACUUAAGAGAGAGAUGAACACUGUCAUUCUUCACCUUCAUCAACAACAUGGACAUUUAAGUUCAGCUAUAAAUGAUACUGCAGAUCCUGGUUCAAAAGCUGUACUUCAUCAAAACAUUAUCAUGUUAGAAAAGAAAAUGUACAGUGCAAUGAACAUGUUCAAGAGGUUUAUCGAAGUUGGUGCCCCUCCUCCAAAUCAUCACCUACCAGAGUUUAACUCUUAUUCUCAAGCACUUAUGUCUCCAGAUCUACAUUACAUAGACUAUGAUGAAAGCAUUGACGAUGGAGAGGAUGAAGAGGAUGAUGACGACAAUGUUGACGAAGGAGAGAACAGCAUAGAUUGUGAAUUAUCUUCAUGAUUUAUGGCCACUUACUGUCCUAUGUGAAGAGCACAUAUUCCAGUAUAAAAAGUGCAUUGUUUGAUGAUUUUCAUAUAAGCUUUUUGUUCUAACAUCUCAGUUUAUUGCUUUUGAUAUUGUUGAGACAUAUCUGUUUUUUAAGUCAAGCUAUAUAUAAUCAAGGGCAUUUUAGUUUUACUCAUUACAGCUUUGUACUCUUUUUCACAUUUAUUAAUGUUCUUGUUCAGUAUGACAUUGUUAAUGACUAAACUUCAUUUACAGUUUGAAUUUAACUCUUAAUUUUGAGAUGCUGCAUAAUGUGCUUUACAUAAUAUUUUUGAAUUUGGGCACAACAACGAAAUAACUAAAACGUAGUGGACAAAAAUUUUGUGAUGUUCAUAUUUGAGAAAUAUUUGACUGCUAUCCAAGAAUUACAUUAUUUUGAAGGGCACUACUCUGUAUUAAAAAUUCAUUAAGAGCUA